AUGGAAAUGGUGAAUAAAAGUGAUGGUCAACUUGAGAAUUUUAAGAGUAAAAAGAGGUUCUUUGGGAGUGAAAUAGCUCAACGUGCACUAGAAAACAAGACGUUGACUCAUUGGUGGGAAUCUUACUGUGAUGCACACCCAGAGUUGCAAAACUUUGCAAUUCGCGUGUUAAGUUUGAUAUGCAGUUCUUUUGGAUGUUCAUAUGAAGAAAAGAAAUCGGUUGAAACAAAAGGCUAUAUGAAUGAUCUUGUGUAUGUGAUGGUAAAUACAAGAUUGACCAAGAAUAAGGCUAAAAGGAAAAAACGAGAUCUAACAAUCGAGGAUUUCCAAGAUGGUGAUGACUGUUGGUGUGUUAUUGAGGAAGAAAAUGCAGGUGGUAGUCGUGUAAAUGUAGCUGAUUUAGAUGAGGAUUUGAUGCAAAGUAUUGGUUCUAAAUCAACUUCACAUGUAAAUGAAUUUGAUGUCCUUGAAACUAUAGAAAGUGACAAUGAAAAAGGAAAUACAGACGAAGGUGAUGGAGGAGAUGAUGAUGAUGAUGAUGGUGAUGGAGGAGAUGGUGAUGAUGAUGGUGGAGAUGGUGAGAUUAAUGAAGAUGAAGGAGUUGACAUUGCGGGGGAUGAUCUAAAAUAUAGGCGCAUUUGUGACUUGUACUAG